AUGAUCUUCUUCAUACUCUGUGUCAUCUCCUUCACAGCGGCUGCACCGCAGGACGAUGUGAGCCACGUGGAGAAAGUACGGAAACAACCAGUAUUCUAUUCAAUGGACGAGGCUCCAAUACUCUUUGAAGACUUCAUCAAAGAAUAUAAUAAAAAGUAUGACUCCAAAGAAAAGGAACAGAGAUUCAAGAUAUUCGUAGACAACUUAAAGAGAAUAAAUAAUCUAAACCGCAAGAGUACCAACGCUGUUCACGGUAUAAACAAGUUCACAGAUCUGAGCAAGGAGGAAUUCCAAAAGUAUUAUCUCGGUUUCAAGCCGGACAAAAGCUUUUUGGAUGACAUUAAUAAAAAACCGAUUGAAUUAUCAUUUAAUAUCACCGCACCGGCCGCGUUUGAUUGGCGAGAUAGAGGCGUCGUCAGUAGAGUGAAGGACCAAGGACAAUGCGGUUCAUGCUGGGCGUUUAGUACGAUCGGUAACGUGGAAAGUGUGAACGCAAUUAAACACGGCAACCUCGUGGAGUUAUCGGAACAACAAUUAGUAGACUGUGAUAGCGACAAUCAGGGAUGUCAAGGCGGUUAUCCAGAGAAAGCUCUACAAUACCUUGUAUCAAACGGUGCUAUCUCUGAACAAUCUUACCCAUACGUUGGAAUGGCCCAAAGCUGUCAAUACAACAGCGGUAGUGUUGUUGUUAGGUUAAGUAAUGUGGAAAAAGUUAAUCUGCCCGAGCAACAAAUCGUCGAUAUGCUUUAUAGCACCGCACCGUUGAGUAUAAUUAUUGCUGCACAAGCAUUAAGUUCAUAUUCCGGUGGUAUCAUCGUCAAUGAAUGUGCAGUAAGUCAACAACUGGAUCACGCUGUGCUUUUGGUAGGCUACGGAAACGAGGGUGGCGUUGACUUCUGGCUCGUCAAGAAUUCUUGGGGCAGCAACUGGGGAGAAGGAGGCUACUUCAGAAUACAGCGAGGUGUUAACUGUCUUAUGAUGCAGAAUUCCGGAGUCGUAUCAGGAGUCAUGUGA